CAUGCGGACCAUCAGAGGGAGGGGAUGUGUAGGUGCGCUGUCCCCUCACCUCCUUUAGUGUUUAGUUUCCCUUUCUACAGUUUCCCGUCCAUUUGGAGUAGAGUGAGAGAAAGAGAGAGAGGAAAGGAGGAUUUAAAAUGAAUACGGAAACCCAGGCAGCUUAAUUUACCUUCCCUAUGUGGUGGCGGCGCGGAACCAGGAUGCCGCUGCCUGGCGUGAGGCUGUCCCCUGCGUCCCUGUGUGUGAGUGUGCUGCUGCUGCUGUCCCUGGCGGUGGCGGCGGUCAUCGUGCAGACAGGACUGUGUGGGGGCGGCGCAUGGGUAGGAUGCGUUUCUGGUCGUGGUUCGGGAGGCGGGCGAGGCGGGUUCGGGUGGCGUGGGAAGAAGUCUCUCACCCAAGGGUCGGCGCCCAUAGGUGUGGAGGCCCUUGUGCAACUGAAGCGAGGACGUGGCCGAUACACUGCUGGCCCUGGCUACUGACCUGCGUACGGGGCGAUCGGAGGGGGUGGCGGACCAACUGGAAGCGGUCGCCUCCUUCCUGGAUCCCCGUUACCACCACCAGGGAUCCACGUGGAGCCCCCGGACCAUCACGCGCCCCGCCUACUCGCCCCCACCGCUCAACACACCCAUGAAACUCCCGCGCAACUUCACCGCAGACGCGCCGCGGGACAUAUACAAAGGAACAGUACACCGUGCGAAGGACUGGGUGCCGGGAAGACAAGAUCUGGUUGGGUUAAACUCCUCCCUGCCUCUGUCUUUGGAUGCUCAGGUGACGGUGCUGGUGGACGGUUGUGCCACGCCCCCUAACUACCUGGUGGGCGUGGUAAGGCAGGCGGUGGGCACGUGGCCUGGUGUGGGCGUGCUGGUGGGCGUGGCGGAGGCACAGCGGGCGGAGGUGGAGGAUGUGAAUGGCCUGCCUGGCGUGCAGCUCAUGACGGUGUCGUGUGGCGCCGGGGAGAGUGGAGCUUUGCCUGACCUCAUCCGCGCCACCUCCACGCCCUACGCCCUUGUGUUGUCUGGCGUGUCAGCUGUCACGCGCGAUCUAGAUCUCCCACGCCUACUAUAUGUUGCAGUGGGCCUUCGUGACCUGGGUGUAGGUGUGGUGGGCGGCUCCGAGCGCGGGCGUGACGGCGCCGUGGACUACACGUGCACGUCCUUGUCAGUGCGCAACCACGUGAUCGAGGCCAGGGAAGGAUACAGGUACUCCGCGGCGGCGUGCGUGUACUGCGACGUGAGCAGCGGGUCCUUCCUGGCCUCCGUGGAGGUGCUGCGGGACGUGACCCCAGACCCUGCGCUGCCCCGCGCCGCCCAGGCACUGGACUGGGCGCUCAGGCUGCAGCGUGCGGGCGUGGUGACGCUUACUUGCCCCGACGUGAUGUUCCACGUGACUCGCGAGGUGCGCGGGAAGGCGCCGGCUGUAGCCAAGCGCCAGGCCUCGGAGGACAGGGUGUGCAGCACGCCGGAGGAGCGCAAGGCAGCACGCGCCGCGGCGUGGCAAGCGCGGCGGCAGUAUCGAAAGCUGGCGCAGAAGUGGGAGGUAUCUGCCGUGGUGCUGAACAACGGCACGCGGCUGGAGUACUCGUGCCGCGAGGUGGGCAUCGACUGCUCGCCGCGGCAGCGCACCCGCCACUAUAGCCUGCCGCCCUGCUGCCUGGCACUCAAGGGGCGCAUACUGGCCGCCAUUGACCUCGUGUCGCGCGAGGAGCAGAUCCCCUACAUCAUUAACGCGGGGACACUGCUGGGCGCCCUCAAGUUCCACGGGCCGCUGCCUUGGGACUUUGACGAUGACAUGCGAACCGAGCGCAAUGGCCUCCUCACCUUCAUGCGGCACACGCAGCGCCUCCGCCGCCUGGGACUGUCGCUGCACACUAGGGAGAUCAGCAUUAAGAAGAGCGACACCACCAACUCCACUAACAACACCAGUCACGCUAGAGGGUCAGGCUCCGGUUCCAAUGACAACAGCAAAAACAACAACAACAACAACAAAAGCAAAAAAAACAAAAACAAAAACAAAGGCAAGACAACUUACGCGACUGGCACGGGUCCCGGAGGCUUCACAAUGGAUAUGUGGCCGUGGGACCACCCGCCCAGCCACGCCAGCCUCACUCCCCUAGCCGCCCUGCCUGACCACUUGCCCUGCCUCAUGCACGCCCACGUACCUAUGGCCAUUAGGGAGGCGCGCGCGCACCCACACAACGUGUCUUCAUGCCAUCUGGCUUCCCUGAUCCGCGUGGGAGGAGUGUGGGCGCCCGCAGACUGGAACCCUGGGCGUGCAGCGCUGUACAAGUAUGGCGACCAUCUGUACCGGCACGAGGCGCACUGGCGGUAUUGGAAAGGCGGGGACUGGAACGCGUGCCCCAGGCCAGGCCACCACGCCUGCCUGGACCUGCACCCCCUCGACGGCUCGCUACCCUUCUUUUGAGCUCCCCGCCGGAAGGGGAGAUUGUUGUUAGUGUGAGUCAGUCAGUCAGUCAGUCAGUCAGUCAGUCUCUCUCUCUCUC